AUGAGCUUAGAUCGCCAGGAUGCUACCCGGCAUGAUCGACCGGAUGGCGAUGGCAAAAACGCUUUGUCGAAAAUCUCGCAAUUACCACCACCUGCAUCAAAUAAGGGACCAUUCCCGGAAAAUACCUCUCCCGUAUAUGGGAUUAAAACUACAGUUUCCGAGCCCGUCACGGCAGCUUUCCUUGCUGGGGGUGUAGCGGGUGCUGUAUCCAGAACCAUCGUGUCGCCACUCGAACGUUUGAAAAUUCUCCUCCAGAUCCAGACGGUUGGAAGAGACGAGUAUCGGCUGUCCAUUUGGCAAGCACUUAAAAAGAUUGGAAAAGAGGAAGGCUGGCGAGGCUUCCUGCGAGGGAAUGGCACGAAUUGUAUACGGAUCAUACCGUACUCGGCAGUUCAGUUUGGGAGCUAUAACUUCUAUAAAAGAUUUGCGGAGCCUUCACCAAAUGCGGACUUGACGCCAAUACGCCGACUUGUGUGCGGAGGCGCGGCCGGGAUCACAUCGGUCGUCAUCACAUAUCCUCUUGAUAUUGUCCGUACUAGAUUAUCUAUUCAGUCAGCUUCGUUUGCCGCUCUCAAACAAGAAAUUGCCGGAGAGAAAUUGCCUGGCAUGUUUACCACCAUGGUCUUGAUCUAUAAAAAUGAAGGCGGAUUCCUAGCGCUUUACCGCGGUAUCAUUCCAACUGUUGCCGGCGUUGCACCAUAUGUUGGUCUUAACUUCAUGACAUAUGAAUCAGUCCGUAAAUACCUGACCCCCGAGGGGGACUCUACACCCGGUGCCCUUCGUAAAUUACUAGCGGGUGCUAUCUCAGGGGCAGUGGCGCAGACAUGCACAUAUCCAUUUGAUGUCCUUCGGCGACGCUUCCAGAUCAAUACGAUGUCUCACAUGGGUUACCAAUACGCGUCGAUUUUUGAUGCGGUGAAAGUUAUUGUGGCUGAAGAAGGAAUGCGCGGUCUUUUCAAGGGCAUCGCGCCAAAUAUUCUCAAAGUGGCACCGAGUAUGGCCAGUAGUUGGCUCAGUUUUGAGCUUACUCGAGAUUUCUUUUUAGGAUUAGAUGAAAGGUGA